GUUUCCUUCCGGCACUCGUAAACCUCGGAUCUGCGUGGAUUUUGAUCCCAAAACAAAGAGUUUCUUGAUUCAAAAUCCACCAAAAGAAGGAAAAAUUCCUUCCGUGUAAAAUUAUCGUCGCCAGCUACCAAAAUGAUUUAGUAGCGUGUUCGUUUUAGCGCGCAAAAAUGACGUCUAAUGCCAAGAAAGGAAAGUCGGCUGUUCUGGAGUUUGGCACACAAACGAAAGAGAUGCGCCAGAUUGUUAUUGAGCAGCUGAAAUGCUUUGAGAACAGAACAGAGGGAAAACUGCUUUUUCUGGCAGAUCUGCAGGAAUUUUUCAGGAGGCUGUCAGAAAUUGAGUUGGAAUAUUCUCGAAACCUAGAUAGGCUUUCAAAAAUGUAUCUGGAAAAACUUCAUAGGCAUAAAACACAGAGGAGAGAGAAGGGAACCACGAUGGAUUUAUGGCAACAAGUCCUCAUUGAAACAAAGAACAAAUCGAAGAUGCAUCAGGGUCUUGCCGACAAUGUUUCCACUGACAUUGUUAAUAGAUUCAUGAUUAUAAGUGACGACUGUAAAAGAAUAUCCAAGCAUUGUUGCGAGACAGCUUCAACUCUCCAGGAGGAACUACUCAAAUCAGUGAACGAUCUUAACAGGAGACUCCAUCGCUAUCAUGCAAUGGCUUUAGAGAGCAAAACAGCAGAGCAGAAACUUCAAAAGAUGGAAGAUUCACGAAGAAAGAAUGAAAAAAUGGCUAAGCAAGUUGAGAAGCACCAACAAAAAUGUACUGAAUGCAAAAAGAGGUGUGUCAAAGCUAAGAAUGAGUAUGUCUUAUCACUGGAGUCUACAAACCAUUUCUUGGAGAAUUAUUACAAUGGAUUUCUCAAGACAUUGGUUGAUACUUUUGACUACAAUUACCACGACUCUUUCACUCGAGGAGUUGAGGCAUAUGUCACUUCAGAAGCAAAUGUAGCAGCUUCCAGCAACCAGUCAGUAGAUGUUGUGCGUGAAGCUAAGUUUACUGUGGAAGCAGCUAAAGAUAAACAGUUCUUCUUUGAUGACAACUCCGGUGCAUUAGCUCUGCCAUUCACAUUUGCCUUCUUGCCGUUCAAUGAUGAUGAGCUUUAUCAGGUGUCACCUCAACAAAUUGAUGUAAUAGACCAUCACUACAGGGUGUUUGAGAGACUGCAAAGGGCAAAAGCAGAAACAGAUGAGAUUGGAAAGUCAGCGGCGGCCACCUCAGAUGCUCUUGCAUCGAUGCAUCAGCAGUGGGACAGUGAAAUGAUGAAAGUGGCCAAUGGUGCAGUGGAUCCUGUUGCUGGAUUAGGCAGCUGUCAAUCAAUCAAGAACAGCAGUGAAGACUUAGAGAUGUAUUAUAUGACGAAAAUGCGGGAGCUUAUUCUUAUUAGUAGUGUACAAGUCCGUGUGGAGGCUGAAAAUGAUAUGCUGACUAAAACACUCGGUGAAGUAACACCAGACAUUGUGGGAGCCAGGCUCAAGAGACCAGCGCUAGAUAUGUCUUCUAAAGAAGCUUCAGCGAUUCUAGACUCUGUGCACAAGAAGGCCAAAGUGUUUGGAUGUAAUCUAGAAAAUUAUGUUAAAGUUACAGGAAGAGAAAUUCCAGAGGUUGUAGAAAGUUGUGUCAAGUUUAUUAAAAAGUUUGGGCUGGACCAUCAAGGAAUAUUUCGGUUAUCGGGAUCCACAACGGAAAUAAACGACAUGAAACAACUUUUUGAAAAUGGUCGUGAUCCGUUAGCAGGUCUAAAUCAUUGGAAAGAUAUCAACGCCGUGGCUGGUUUACUCCGGGUUUAUUUCAGGGAACUGGAAGAUCCUCUGUUUCCUAGUUCACAUUAUCAAGAAUUCAUUAAGGCUAGCUUGUCAGCGUCAGUAGAAGAUGGUAUCAAAGAAAUAAUGACUGCACUCAGUUCGCUUCCUGAAUCAGUGGUUCGAGUGAUGGAGUAUCUGUUUUCUUUCCUUAGCUUAGUUGCACAGCACAGUGAAUCUAACAAGAUGGACGCCCACAAUCUGGCGGUAGUGUUCGGCCCGACAUUGUUACGUAUCCCGUCCGAACAAGACAUGAUAGCUUAUCAAAGUCAAGUGAAUGGAAUGAUAGAAUUACUUAUUAAACAUUGUGACGAGAUAUUCCCUGGCUCUGGAGAAUCGCUACCAGCGCCAUUAUCUGAGACAGAAGAGAGUGAGAGCGAGGAAGAUCUGGAGCCAAGGGAAGCCGAAGCGAUAUAUGAUUACUCAGCUCGAUCCUCCAAGGAAUUGUCCUUUAAAAAAGGCGACAUUAUUCAGGUGUUCAAAAGAUUUAACCCGGAAUGGUGGGACGGGACAAUCAAUGGAACUGAAGGCUUUGUGCCAGCCAGGUACAUUCGUAUGCUGACAGACGACGAUGUCGAUGCAAAUGAUGGCGAAGGGAAUAUCUCGAUCUCCGGCGAGCUGUCGCCAUCACCCAAGAUUUCAUCCAGUGGAAUAGACAGGCCUAGGGAUCUGCCUCCAAGGAUCCCCAAGAGAGAGGGCUCGCUACGAGGAAGGGACAGUUUACCCUCUCCCACAGCGGAUCAUGCAAGCCACGCAGCAGCAAGUCCCAUCGGAGCAAGUCCGAUAGGAGUGAACUCUCAGGGGCCAUCUCCAGGAUCAUCGUCGUUUAAGAAGACCUCCGUGCCAGCAAUCUCAUCGGAAGAUAUCGUAAAGCGGCAGCUGACGCGGCUUCGUAAGGCGCCCAGAGAAGAGAGCGACAACUCUGUGGAUAAGACACCUGAUAAGGAACAGGGAUUCGUGAUACCAAGGCUUCGGAGCAUCUCGCCUACCAGAAAAUCCCAGUCACCUAGCCAGGAGAAGGCGGAAGAAGCCGAAAAGAAGGAAGAACCAACGGAUAAAGACUGGAGAGGGGGAGGUGAAGCUUCCAAAGAGGAAAACCGGAAGUCCGUAGAAGGUGUGUGGCAGCCACGAGAGGAAGUUAGCAUUCCAGCGAAUAACACUCCCCAGGGCAUUUCUCCGACAACAACGGCACCGGCACCGGCACCGAAAAUUCCCCCAGCGGUUCGCCCUAAACCCAAGGGAAACCGCAACCCUCAGCCCCCUUUCCGUAAAAACUCCGAUGAUCUGUUAGCUUCGCUGCAGGCUGCUCAAGUCGUGCGGAGUCAUCGGACUAGUGGCGGUCCUGACGACAACAGGAAGAGCGGAGGGUCUGUGGGGGACGACACUGCUUUUUGAGGGUCUCUCUAA